AACCACCGCGCACGGUCAAAACUUUUUAGGUUAUUUUGGUAAAUUUUAGUAAAUUUACAAAGAUUUAAUAACAAUAAUCACGAAAUUUUAAAAAAUAAAGUACCCAUCACUUUAAUAAUGUUUUAUUUAAUUGGACUAGGACUAGGUGAUGCGAAGGAUAUAACAGUAAAAGGCUUAGAAAUAGUAAAGAAAUGUGAUAAGGUUUAUUUAGAAGCUUACACUUCAAUACUUACCGUUGGAAAAGAGUAUUUGGAAGACUUUUAUGGAAGACCACUGAUUUUAGCUGACCGAGAAAUGUGUGAGAGCUACAUAGACGAUAUAUUAAAAGAUGCACAAGAAAAAGAAAUAGCACUUUUAGUGGUUGGAGACCCUUUAGGAGCUACCACACACACUGAUAUGUUGCUGAGAGCUAAUCAAAUGGGUGUAAAAACACAGAUUGUUCACAAUGCUUCCAUAAUGAAUGCCGUUAGCUGUUGUGGUCUGCAACUGUAUAAUUUCGGUGAAACUGUAUCAAUCCCUUAUUGGACAGAAACGUGGAAGCCUGACAGUUUCUUUGAAAAAAUUGAAAAUAACUUUUCUAGGAAUUUGCAUACAUUAUGUCUUCUUGACAUCAAGGUAAAAGAGCCUACAGAAGAGUCUUUGACAAAAAAAGUUCGCCAAUACAUGGACCCAAAGUUCAUGUCUGUCAAAGAAGCAGCACAACAGCUCCUCCAAAUCAUUGAAAAUAAAUCUAAUCCAGGAAUCCAGAAAAGUAACAUUGCCGUUGGUUUAUCCAGAGUCGGCUCAACGGAUCAGAGGAUAGCUGUAAAAUCGUUAGACGAGAUGCAACACUUGGACCUCGGUCCGCCAUUACAUAGCCUUGUCAUCCCCGCCCCCGAUUUACACCCGCUCGAACUUGAUUAUCUUGCUCAAUUCAGAUAAUAUGUUAAUUUUAUGCUGAUAUGUUUGUAUAAUUAAUUA